AAUAAACAGGUGACACGUCACGCUGGUCGUUAGAUUUAGUGUCGGUGUCAUGCUGAACAUUUUCAAUAAAUCACUGAAAAACGGACAGACGGACGUGAACGCGACGGGAUUUCCGACGCUCGUGCCCGUGCUCCUGUGGCUGUCGUUCCCUCUCCUCCGCUUGUGAACGCGCGGGAAGCUGGGAGCGAGCGUCAGUGAUCCAAGGACAGAGCAGAGGGGCUCGUGAGCAUCAGGUCACCUGGAAUUCCGCGAGCGUACCGAAACGGAGGAGACCCGGACCCGGAGCAACAGCACCGAGCCCGGGAGAACCGGGCUGUCCGUGACGGUCCGACCCGGACCCCAGCGAUCUCGGUGUCACGGGGCUCCAGCGGCUCUCUGUCAUAAACAGCAGCAGACUCAGACCCACGGACACACCGAACCGGGCCCACGGAAACACGGGAGGACAAAACAGAAAUCAACAGGAGGCCGAGUAACGGAUCCAGAACCGCAGGACCGGAUCAUGGAGCUGCGCGGCGUGCUGCUCCUGGCCGUGCUGCAGUGCUGCUCGGUGGCGCUGUGCGGCUGCGAGCCGCGGCUGGUGAAUGUGGGCGCCGUGCUGAGUCAGAAGCGAUACGAGCAGGUGUUCAAGGAGGCGGUGAGUCAGGCCAACGCUCUGUACGGGAAGGACAAGUUCAAGAUGAACGCCAUCUCCGUCACGCACAAGGCCAACGCCAUCCAGAUGGCACUCUCUGUCUGCGAGGACCUCAUCUCCAACCAGGUGUACGCCAUUCUGGUCAGCCAUCCUCCACAGUCCAACGACCACCUGACUCCAACGCCCGUCUCCUACACCGCCGGUUUCUACCGAAUCCCCGUGGUCGGCCUGACGACACGCAUGUCCAUCUACUCUGAUAAGAGCAUCCACCUGUCGUUCCUGAGGACGGUGCCUCCAUACUCCCACCAGGCACAGGUGUGGUUCGACCUGAUGAGGGAGUUCAGGUGGAAUCACAUCAUCCUGAUCGUGAGCGACGACCACGAGGGCCGAGCCGCCCAGAAGAGACUGGAGACCCUGCUGGAGGAGCGUGAGACCAAGACUAAAAACAGGAACUAUGAAAACCUCGACCAACAGAACUUUGACUUCAGGAGAACACCCAAGGCUGAGAAGGUGCUGCUGUUCAGCCAGGACACCAACAUUACCGCCCUGCUGCUGGAGGCAAAAGACCUGGAGGCCCGAGUCAUCAUCCUCUCUGCCAGUGAAGACGAAGCUGCGCUCGUGUACAAAGCCGCCCGGCAGCUCAACAUGACCGGCUCCGGUUAUGUCUGGCUGGUUGGAGAGCGGGAGAUGACCGGCAAAGCUCUGAGUGAAGCUCCAGACGGCCUGCUGGGCCUCCAGCUGAUUAACGGUAAGAACGAGUCGGCGCACAUCGCGGACGCCGUGGCCGUGGUGGCGCAGUCUCUGCAGGAGCUGUUUGAGAAGGAGAACAUCACUGAACCUCCACGGGGCUGCGUGGGAAACACCAACAUCUGGAGGACCGGGCCACUCUUUAAACGGGUGCUGAUGUCAUCAAAGUACCCCGACGGCCUGACAGGACGUAUCGAGUUUAACGACGACGGCGACCGGCGCUUCGCCACCUACAGCAUCCUGAACUACCAGCAGAAACCAGGUCGCCUCGUCCAGGUUGGAGUCUUUAACGGAACACAGGUUGUGAUGAACCCUCAGAGGAAAAUCAUUUGGCCUGGAGGAGAGACGGAGAAGCCAGUCGGAUACCAGAUGUCGACCAGACUGAAGAUCGUGACGAUUCAUCAGGAGCCAUUUGUUUACGUGAAGCCAACGAAAAGCGACGGGACGUGUAAAGAGGAGUACACCGUCAAUGGAGUCCUGAUCAAGAAGGUGAUCUGUACUGGACCCAACGGGACCAUACCAGGUCAGCCCAUCGUCCCGCAGUGUUGCUAUGGUUUCUGCAUCGACCUGCUCAUCAAGCUGGCCAUGAGUAUGAACUUCACCUAUGAGGUUCACCUGGUGGCUGAUGGGAAGUUUGGCACGCAGGAGCGAGUGAACAACAGCAACAAGAAGGAGUGGAACGGGAUGAUGGGGGAGCUGCUGGGAGGCCUCGCCGACAUGAUCGUCGCCCCACUCACCAUCAACAACGAGCGCGCUCAGUACAUCGAGUUCUCCAAACCCUUCAAAUACCAGGGGCUCACCAUCCUCGUCAAGAAGGAAAUCCCUCGCAGCACUCUGGACUCGUUCAUGCAGCCGUUCCAGAGCACGCUGUGGCUGUUAGUCGGUCUGUCGGUCCAUGUGGUGGCAGUGAUGCUUUACCUACUAGACCGGUUCAGCCCGUUCGGAAGGUUCAAAGUGAACAGCGAAGAAGAAGAGGAAGACGCCCUCACCCUGUCCUCGGCCAUGUGGUUCUCGUGGGGAGUGCUGCUGAACUCUGGGAUAGGAGAAGGAGCUCCCAGGAGUUUCUCGGCCAGGAUUCUGGGUAUGGUGUGGGCAGGGUUCGCCAUGAUCAUCGUAGCUUCAUACACUGCCAACCUGGCAGCCUUCCUGGUGCUGGACCGGCCUGAGGAGCGCAUCACUGGCAUCAACGACCCCAGGCUGCGUAACCCAUCAGAUAAGUUCAUCUACGCCACAGUGAAGCAGAGCUCGGUGGAUAUCUACUUCAGAAGGCAGGUGGAGCUCAGCACCAUGUACCGGCACAUGGAGAAGCACAACUACGAGAGCGCCGCCGAGGCCAUCCAAGCUGUGCGAGACAAUAAGCUUCACGCCUUCAUCUGGGACAGCGCCGUGCUGGAGUUUGAGGCGUCGCAGAAGUGCGAUCUGGUGACGACAGGAGAGCUGUUCUUCCGCUCCGGAUUCGGGAUCGGAAUGAGGAAGGACAGCCCGUGGAAACAGAACGUGUCUCUGGCUAUUCUCAGUUCUCAUGAGAACGGCUUCAUGGAGGAUCUCGACAAGACGUGGGUUCGAUACCAGGAGUGCGACUCCAGGAGCAACGCCCCGGCCACCCUCACUUUCGAGAACAUGGCGGGUGUGUUCAUGCUGGUUGCUGGAGGCAUCGUGGCUGGGAUCUUCCUCAUCUUCAUCGAGAUCGCCUACAAACGGCACAAAGACGCCCGCAGGAAACAGAUGCAGCUCGCCUUUGCUGCCGUCAAUGUGUGGAGGAAGAACCUGCAGGAUAGGAAAAGUGGUAGAGCAGAGCCCGAGCCCAAACUGAAAACCUCUUUUAGGUCCAUCACCUCGACCUCCGACCUCAAACGCCGUAGGGCCUCCGGGGAUGCCACGCCGUACCCGACCGACAUCACCGGCCAGCUCAACCUAUCAGAUCCCUCCGUCAGCACCGUGGUCUGAGAGAGCGAGCGAGCUUCACUGCUGCUGCUGAGCCACACAGACACACACUGA